GAAAAAAACCUCACCAAACGUCCACACACAACUUCACAGUUGAGAGAGAGAAAACAAGUGAAGGAUUGAGAACUGCAAUCAUUCAUCAUCAACUCGGGAAAGCAUGGAACUUUUUUCAGUUGUUUCGUCAUACAAAGGUCGAUUGGCAGCAUAAUUUGUAUACUUUGUUGGUGUAUACAAGAAGAUAAUUGAGCUUGUGUGGGAGUGGUGGCAACUAGUAGAGUUGUUGAUAAAUAAUUGCUAAAUGGCGGAAAUGAUCGGACCGAGAUUGUAUAGUUGCUGCAAUUGCAGAAACCAAAUUGCCCUUCACGAUGAUGUUAUAUCCAAGUCCUUUCAGGGGAGAAACGGUCGGGCCUUUUUGUUCUCCCAUGCAAUGAACAUAGUGAUUGGUCCUAAAGAGGAUAGACAAUUGAUGACUGGUCUUCACACGGUUGCUGAUGUCUACUGCUGUGAUUGCCAUGAGGUGUUGGGCUGGAAAUAUGAGCGAGCUUACGAGGUAGCACAGAAGUACAAGGAAGGGAAAUUCAUUCUCGAGAAGUCGAAAAUUGUCAAAGAGAACUGGUAGUGUUAUCCAUGUUUUUUCUUUUCUGGAUGGUUCUCCUGAUGAUCUACCUAGUAGAUGGAUGCCUUUCACUGUCUUUCUUCUUCUCAAUAAAAAAAAAUUCUGUUCCUCCCCAUGCAUUCUUGUUAUGUUCUUCGACGGAAUGUUAUUCAUUUUGUUAAUAAAUUUGUGAAUGAUUUGAAACUGUGAUUUUAGUUCAAUU